UCCUCAGCUCGCAGAUUGAUGAUAUCUUUUCUACAACCAUAGUAGGGGUUUUCAUGGCUUUAAAUAUCACGUGUUCAGUGUACUUUAGUCCUUAAUCAAUAAGUACUAUUUUAAGCAGUUAAUUAGCUAAAUAUCAUUUGAAAUUCUUUCAGUUUCUUCUUAGAAAUAGUCUGUGAGCACCUCUCCCCUCAAGAACUCAACUCAGAUUUCAAUCUCUUUCUAAAGAAUAAGAAAGAUGACGAAGUCCGCUACUUUUGAAAAUCUUCCCUACUACACUAGAAAGACUGGAAUAAGUAAUAAUGCGACUAAAGGGAAAUUAGUGCUGUUUGUAUUUUGGGUUAUCGGUGCUACUUCAUUUUUCACUACCUUCAUUCACUAUUCUCCAAACCAUUUUAGCAACUUCAAGUUGAGGCAGCCGCAGGAUUACCAUAACACUGCUUCAAAGGAAUUGGGUCUGAAGAACACUACUUCAAAGAAUCUCAAUCAAACUACUGCCAUUGCCACCGACUCUGAUAAAGGUAUAGAUGAAAAUGAUGAGAAGACGUGUGACUUGUUUGAUGGUCGAUGGAUACCGGACCUUAAUGGAUCGUUAUAUACGAACUGGAGCUGUCCAACGAUACCCGAUUGGAAGGAUUGUCCUAAACAUGGCAAAAAAGACUUCGACUAUAUGAACUGGAGAUGGAAACCAAAUAAAUGUGAGCUUCCUAGGUUUAACCCCAAUACAUUCUUGUCCAUUGUUCGAGGCAAGAAGUUAGCGUUCAUUGGUGAUUCGGUUGCUCGAAACCAAAUGGAAUCUCUCCUUUGUCUUCUGUCUCAAGGAGAAACUCCAAGAGAUGUAUUCAAGGACUCUGACGACCGGUUUCGAACAUUCUACUUUCCGUCUCAUGAUUUCACUCUAAUGGUUUACUGGGUAAGAUUCUUGGUUUUCGCAGAAGAGAUAGUAGUUAACGGUUCUGCAACAGGUACAUUUAAUAUACACCUGGACAAAGUUGAUAAUAACUGGGAUCAAAAUCUACGCGGUCUAGGCUACGCCAUCAUCUCAGAUGCUCACUGGUUUUUCCGAAAGCAUUACUUAUAUGAAGGUGGCAAGCUAAUUGGAUGCAUCUAUUGCGACGAACCAAAUGUCCCCGAAUUAGGAGUUCUGUUCGCCAUUGAUAAAGCCUUUGGAACAGCCCUUAAGUCCAUCAACGACUGUAACGGGUGCAAUAAGGGAUUACUUACCUUGCUACGGACAUUUUCUCCUGCGCAUUUUGAGAAUGGGUCUUGGAAUGGUGGAGGGACAUGUAAUAGAACAAGUCCUUACACUGAAGAACAGGUUAAUUUUGCUAGUAUGGAAUGGGAGCUAAGGGGUAUUCAAGUGAGAGCCGUUAAAAAUAUUGAGAAGAAAGAAGGGAAGAGAUUUGAGAUUUUAGAUAUCACCAGGGCCAUGAUGAUGAGACCUGAUGGACACCCAGGGCUCAUGAAAAGCAAUCAGUAUUUGAAGGAAUACAGUGAUUGUGUUCACUGGUGUUUACCUGGACCAAUCGAUGUAUGGAAUGAUCUAUUGAUGGCUGUGUUGCAGAAGAAAGAUGAUAGUUCCCUGCAUUAAACAGAUUUUUACAAAAAAUUUAACAUGUUACUUAUAUUGUCAUAGAUUUGGUAGGAAAUCGGUCAACAGAAGUAGACUGUGGUCAGUUCUUAGACAAUUUAAAGGAGAUAUUUUAGUCUUUUUCUUAGAAGAACCCUCUCCAUUUUCUUCAAGAUAGAUCUUUUGCCUUAAUUGUGGCAUCGUUAGGUACAUGUACGAACACCUUUAAAUAUAGAUUUAAUCGAUUGAUAUGUUUCCAUGUCA